GAGCCCCACUACCGUCGAUCGGGACCAACGUAUCAAAGUCCCCGACGUAGAAAUCGUUACGGACAGUCUGCUCCUUCGUUUCGAAAAGAGCGCAACAAUGAGAGUGUUAAUUUCCGCCGCUGUUGCGGUUCUUUGUUUCUCUGCGGUGCUUUGCGCCGACACCCACGAGCACACUAAGGUCGUAUGCUAUUGGAACAGCACAGCCUUCGAACGACAAGGACCAGGCAAAUUCCAGUUAGACGACGUCCGCUCGGCUUUGAAUCUCUGCACGCAUCUCAUCUACGGAUUCGCUGGAAUCAAGGCAGAUACGUACGAAGUUACGCCGUUGAAUCCGAAUCUGGACACCGGAAGUGGUUACUCUUAUUACAAACUGACCACUCAGCUGAAAAGAAGCUUCCCGGAGCUGAAGAUUUACCUCGGCAUCGGUGGCAAUGCCGAUCCAGACUUCGAGACUCACAAAUACUUACUUCUCACUGAGACGUCCGAGGCAAGAACCAAGUUCAUCAACUCUGUGAAUCGUUUUCUCAACGACUACGACUUCGACGGUAUAGAUCUUGCCUGGGAAUUCCCACCGGUGAAAGUGAAGAAGCAACGCAGUGCUUUGGGAUCGUUGUGGCACGGCGUGAAGAAGACCUUUGGCUAUGGUAAAUUCAAGGACGACAAGGAGCAGGAGCACCGCGAUGGAUUCACGAUCCUCGUACGCGACCUGAAAGCACAACUCAGGCCGAAGAUGAAAGCCCUCACGGUCACUGUCCUGCCACACGUGAACAGCAGCAUUUACUACGAUGCGAGACUGCUGGCACCGAACAUCGACGCUGUGCACCUGUUCACUUUCGAUCAGAAAACACCGGAACGUAACCCACAGGAAGCCGAUUAUCCAGCACCCAUUUACGAGAGCUACGGACGCAUCCCUGACGACAACGUCGACACAACCACUAGUAUGAAUUCAUCUUCAAGGUACUGGCUGGAGAACGGUACCCCCGGCUCGAAGGUCGUCGUGGGAAUCCCGACGUUCGCCCGUACUUGGAAACUCACCUCCGACAGUCAAAUAUCAGGUGUACCGCCCGUUACCACCGAUGGUCCAGGAGCUGAGGGUCCUCACACGCAAAUACCAGGCAUUCUUUCUUAUGCCGAGGUCUGCUCUAGAUUGACGGAGAGCGCCGUGGGUCGUUUGAGACGCGUGGGAGACCCGUCGAAGAAGUAUGGAAGCUAUGCUUAUCAGCCAUACGACGCUGACAGCGGCGCCGAUGGCAUUUGGGUGGGCUACGAGGAUCCCGACACGGCCGGGAAUAAAGCUGCUUACGCUAAAGCCAAAGGCCUGGGUGGGGUGGUUAUUUACGAUUUGUCGUUGGACGAUUUCCGAGGUGUCUGCACCGGAGAUAAAUACCCAAUCGUCAGAGGUGCCAAAUACAAGCUGUAGAAAAAGUUAGAGACUGACCAGUCGUGGCCAAUUGCACAGAGUACCUCUUAAGUUCCUUCAACUUCGAAAAAUGUAUCUAACGUUCGUCGAUCCGUUUGGCCACGGCAUUCGCUAUGUAUUUUUUAUAUUCCUGAUGCAUUUCUAUUUCUUAAGUGUCCGAACGAUAUAGGCAAGAAUUGUUUUACGUAAUGAUGCAGAAUAAAAAUUCUUGAAACGUU